AUGGCGGCUGCCAUAUAUGGAUUUCAACGUCGAUUAGCCUUUUACAAGCCUAAUGAUAUGAGAUGGGUAGAGUUUCCAACUAGAAAUACCGAGUUUGAAGAUGUUAUAUUUUUUGGAGAGAAGAUAUAUGCAGUAAACCAUGCUGGCCAGUUAUAUGAAUUUGAUACAAACACAAAAUCAGGGCGGCUUGAGGGAGGAAUCCAUGAAGUCAGACCUCCAUCUCGAGUUGACACAAGCACUUUAACGAUUAAAUAUCUGAUUGGAUGUGCCAAUGGAAGUUUAUUAAUGUUGGUAAGACAUUUUCGCACUCCUUUGAAUAGAAGACGCUAUGAUGAAACUUACAAAUUCGACAUCUAUGAACUGAAAAAAGAUGGAAAAAAAUGGUCAAGAGUUUAUAAUUUGGAUGAUUACAUACUAAUGAUCGGAUUUACUUCUUCUGUUCAAAUACCGGCAUCUUAUCCAAAGACAGGAAAUCAGAUAUUCUUCUCCGAUAACAUGAUAGAGAAAUCAAUUGACUAUGCUGUUGCUCAAGAUCUUGGCGUCUUUAGUUUGGAAAACAGACGUUUUUAUAGACUAUUGUUAGAUAUGAAGUUUUUUUGUCCUCCCCUUUGGUUGCUACCCUAA